GCGAGCGAGGACCCGCAGGCGGGCGGGAGGCGGGUUCCUGCGCUUUGAGGAGCGUGAGCAGCUGCGGGCCCGGCGGUGUCCCCAUUGGUUCGUCUGGGAAGUAACAUCCCACAGAGCAGAGUCAUUUCCUGAGCUGAGCAGGGACCUGGAGGCUCUCAUCAUGAUGAAGAAAGUAGCCGCUGCUGCAAUCGGAGGGGCUCCUCUUCCCGCAGUGCUGGCCGUGGGAGCUGUGCCCGUGGUGCUGGGCGCCGUGGGCUUCACCAGCACAGGGAUCGCGGCCUCCUCCCUAGCGGCCAAGAUGAUGUCCGCCGCCGCCGUCGCCAACGGGGGCGGGGUUCCCGCCGGCGGCCUGGUGGCUACUCUACAAUCUGUGGGGGCAGCUGGACUCUCCGCGUCAUCCAACAUCCUCCUGGCCUCCACUGGGUCAGUUUUUGGAGCCUUGCUGGGACGUUCAAAAAAGGCACCUCCUCUCUCUCCCCCAGCUGGACCUGGGGCUGAAGGGAACCAGCCAGGAGAAAAUGUAUCCCAAAUAAAACCUCCAAAACCCCCACUCAAAUCAGAGAAGCAUCAGAAAUAAAGAUCACGUG